AUUUGUUCCUCGCAGCUCAUUGUGUUCGAGGACUUUAGUCACCUCCCCCCUGAGCAACGUCGAAAGAAACUGCAGCAGAAAAUUGAAGAUCUGAACAAGGAGCUGCAGAAACAAGUGGACCAGAGUGAAGCUUUAGAUAAGAUGAAAGACGUUUAUCAACGGAACCCACAGAUGGGUGACCCAAACAGCCUUGAGCCCAGAAUAAUGGAGACAAAUCAACAGAUUGACAGACUACGGGGUGAGAUUCAGAAGUAUGAGAUAUGGCUGGCUGAUGCAGAAGCAAAACUGGUUUCACGUAAUGACAGCUUUGUGCAGUACACUCCCCACUGUGAGCGUUCUCCCUCCUUGAAUAACAAUGGGUCACAUGAUAAAGAGAGUCCAGACACAACUUAUUCUGAUGAUAGUGGCCAGGAACCAUUGGUGCAGCCAUCUCCCGUCUCAGAGUUUGAUGAUUUUGAGGACGAUCUUGCCAAUCCAAUAGGAAGCUCAACUGCUCUAUAUCCAUUUGACGGUAACAGCGAAGGCACCAUUCCAAUGGCAGAGGGAGAGGUGCUUCAACUGAUUGAGGAGGACAAAGGCGAUGGAUGGACCCGGGUGAGGCGGAGCGACGGAGAGGAAGGCUAUGUACCCACCUCUUAUGUGAAAAUCACCCUCAGCAGGAAGUGAGCCAGGAUCUGCCAGUGGUCAUAGGAUAUUUUAUCCUCUGGUUCACAGUGUCUCAUUUUCUUUCUUUGAACCAGGAUGGAGCAGACAGAGCGCGUUCUGUGGGACGGAUGGCUCCAUGGACAAGUGGGAGAGGGACGAGGGUUAACCAACCCUCACUGGUAUUCACAUUGGAAAAUAAAAACCCUGAGAGUCGCUUAGUUACAUUUGUAAUACCUUCGGCACAUAAUUAGGAAAGCAUCUAUGAUCUUUCAGUCCACUGUAGGAUGACUCUGUUGAGCUGCAGUUUAUGCUGGUACAAUAAAUACCACUCUAAUGUAUAUAAUAUGUAGUAAUAACUGUAUUUAGGGAUGAACUUGCUGAUCACCAAUGGCAUCUUUUAUAUAGAUAUUUUGCAUAGAGUAUGCAUUUCCUUUGUCCACAUUUGUGGAAUCAUUUCAGGUGAGAAAUAGGACAACAUGCCUUGAAGGGCCUGUACGAACCGGAUGAUGCUACUUGCAUGAGAGGAAAACUGAGCUGCCAAAGCACCCCGUUGUUUAAAAUUGAUGUUGUGGCUUUGUUAGAAGGAUAUGAAAAGCCUGCGAGAAUUGGCCCGCGCCUGUUUCAAAUGCAACAGGGUGCAGGGUCACAGGAAAAUCCGAGCUCUCCAUGGAGCUGCUGGGAUCCACCAAGAGCACAUGAACAAGUAAAAGCUGACACUAAGAUGUUGCUUGCCUAUGAGUUUAGGGUAUAGAUGAUGGGCUCUUCAAAUGACUGGGUUUCGGGGAACAACGGUCCCUGCCCAGCUCAGCAACAAUCACGAUGGUCCUUUUUUUUUUAAAACCAGCACUCGCAGCCCGUUCAGCCUUCUGGGAUUUUUAAUGAACAUGAUUGUCACGAUGUCUCUGAAAAUAUAAAUAAAAAGGGGAAGGUGGCAGUCCCAGAUUCAAGUGCAUACCUGCCACGCUUUUAUCAUAGAACAUCGACUGGAAUUAUCGCCAAAUUUACCGGUGUUUUAAGUGUAAAUCAUUCGGAAGGCAGACAUGAGUUGUGCAUAGCAGCAAAUUCUUCCAGAGUUGAUACUAAAGUGGGGAGUCCUGAUGCAAACAAUCAUGUCAGUUCUUUGGUGAUGUUUGGUGAGCUGUUUGGAAUGUAGCCUAUCUGUUAUAUCAUGGUGCAAAAACUACAUAAUGAAUCAUUUGUGAUUGUAUCGUAGACUAAUAAUGCACUUGACGUUACAAUAGGACAGUAACAUGAUUGUUAUCCCACCUGGUUUUAAUCCUGUAAUAAAAUGCUAUUCCAACUGAGGA